UCUCUCUCUCUCUCUCUCUCUCUCUCUCUCCAUCUGUCUUCUGUGGCAUAAGCUUGAUUCCUGGUACUGCAAGCGAAGCAAACAUCCCAUGCUUUACUUUUGUUGGGUCAUAACCUUCUAAAAUUCUUCUUGUGUUCCACUUUGUACUGUAAGAUUUCUCCUCCCUCUGUAUCUUUUGCCAGCCUUUCUGCUCCCUCACUACUGCUAUAAACCACUUGCUUAGCCUCACACAGCCACAGCUUCCAAGCUCUUCUUGUGAAGCUUCUCAUGAACAACACCAACAGGGAGUUCCAAUUGGCCUGUUCAUAUCUCAGUUUACAGGAGGGAAGGGUGAAAUUGGCAUUGGAAACUUAGGAGUGUGGUGGAGAAGUUUCUCUGAUGCUUUAGUCUUUUAAGGCGGUUUGAUCCAAACUUCUUCUUGUCCUUGUUCUUGAUCUUUUGCUUUGGUGUUCAGGCCGAAGAAAGAACAGUUAAAAGAAGGGGAAGAGAAAGCUGAAAGAUUGAGAGACAAUGGAUCUUUCAGGUCAUGAAGGAGAGAUCCCAAUCCCAAUAAAGAACACCCAUGACAUCUCUUCCAGUGGACCUCCUCCUCCCCUCGCCACGGCCACCAUGGUAGACUACCACCACCAUCACAACCCCUAUCCGUACAGCACCAAGAAAAGGUUGGGGGUGAAGUACAGGGAGUGCCUCAAGAACCACGCGGCCUCCAUUGGCGGCAACGCCACCGAUGGCUGUGGUGAGUUCAUGCCCGGCGGCGAGGAGGGGACUCUGGAGGCCUUGAAGUGCUCAGCCUGCGGGUGUCACAGAAACUUCCACAGGAAAGAAACAGAAGGCGAGUCCUCGUGGGGCUGCUACCACCCCCUCACGGCGAGGAACGCCAUGAACCAGAGAGGCCUCCUGUUAUCCGGGGCAGACGCGUUCGGCCUCGUUCCACGCCCGCUGCCUCACAUGAUCAUGCCCCCGGGGGCCAUGCAGACAUCCGAGUCCGACGAGAUGGAGGGGGUGGGGGACGAGAUGGCAAGGCCGAUUCUGGUGAAGAAGAGGCUGAGGACCAAGUUCACACCGGAGCAGAAGGAGAAGAUGCUGUGCUUCGCUGAGAAGGUCGGCUGGAGGCUUCAGAAGCAGGAGGAGAGUGCGGUGCAGCAACUCUGCCAGGAGAUUGGAGUCAGAAGGAGAGUCCUCAAGGUGUGGAUGCACAACAACAAGCACCACUUGGCCAAGAAGAGCCCUUCCCAGCUUCAAUGACUCUGGCUGCAUCUUCUCUCGCCAUGGCAAACUACUCUUCCCUAUGACACUUUGCAAUUCUGAGCUUAUAGUUAUGAUUAGCUUAAGAUUCUCUCAUGACAGUAUCUGAGUCAGAUAAUAGUAUGACACCACUGUCAACCCUACCAUAUGCUAUCUUGGCGUUUAGUGGUGUUAGUUGAUAGGUUUUGUCGGCAUAGCCUUGUUUUUUCUUCUAUUAGUUGAUAAUUUUCGAUGAAAUUAAGUUUAAGCGUA